AAUCAUUGAUGGCCGUUGUUAACUAGGCACUCUUGUUAGCCUGCCACUGCCCAAUCUAGCUAGGUAGCCGAGCGAGAAAGGUGAGCAAGCAAGGGCCGGGUAGCGAUGGCGGAGCUCACAUCCGGCGCCGUGACAACGCUGCUGGGCAUCAUCCGCGACGAGACGCUGCUGCUGAGCAGUGUCCGGGGCGACGUGCAGUUCAUCAAGCAGGAGAUGGAGAGCAUGAAGAGCUUCCUGGCUCACCUCGGGAGGACGGCGCCUCCCGGCGGCGAGCACGACGAGCAGGUCCGCGCUUGGAUGAACCAGGUCCGGCUCCUGGCGCAGGACUGCAACAACUGCAUCACCACCUACCGGUACUACGGCGACUCCGACAUCCACCGCGCCCGGGACGGCCUCCGGCGCUACAUCUGGUGGCUUCCCUGGUUCGUGAGGAAGAUAGCCGCGCAGCACGACGCGGCAAUCCGGCUGCGUGAGCUCAAGGACCAGGCGCGCGACAUUGGCGAGCGGCGCCAGAGGUACGGGGUGGAGGUCCCGGCCAAGGCGCUGAUGGGGCUGUCGAUUUCAGCGGCUGGGUCUGGGUCGCCGCCGUUCACUGCCCCUGCCCCUGUCCCGUUCGACGACGUCGACGACGAAGCCGAGCAAGCGGUGUCGUCAUCAGAGGAGGCCGUUCAUGGCGCCCGUAGAGCCGUUUUGGAGGCUCGCUCUCUGGAUGACUACUUCAGGGGGAAGCUUGACGACUGGAUGCAGGACGCUAAAAAAGACAAGAACAAAACCAUGUCUGUCGCCAUUAUGGCUCCUAAAAAACUUGAGAAGGAUGUUCUUGACGUCGCGAGUGCCCAUUUCAAGCGCAUCCUGGUGGUCGACAUAACCAAAAUCAGGGAAAUUUUCGGCUUCACCGGGCUUCUGAAACCCUUCGACAUCCUCUACGACGUACUACACAAGCUCCAGAGGCAGGAAGGCACAUCAGCAGGAGGUCAAUCCGAAGUGGAGAGUUCUGAAGGCAGGUCGAGAAGAACAAGACAACAAACGGUGAAAAAUAAUAUCAACUCGGGAAAACUAAAUGUGAAACUUGAAAUCAUGACAACAGUGAGACUUAUGAAGGUUGAGGAACAGUUUGAGGAAAUCAAGUCCGCUAUUGAACAAACUAAGUGGGAGGAACUGGAGCAGGAGCUGGAUCAUAUGAAGCAGUAUGGCGGCGACGCGCUGGGAAUCCAAAGCUUCGAUGUACUCCGGCACGCUCUGUGUCAACUCGAGCACAAGUCAGGUGCCGCUGCGAGUAAACAAGACCAAUCAAAGGGCGGCGGCGACAUCUUCAACCAGACAGUUACGAUGCUUAAACAGCAUACGGAGAGGGGUGGCACAGAGCAGCCGCCAUCAAUUACACUCGAUGAGAGCAAAUAUGCAGACAUUCUGAAGAGUGUGUUCCCGAAGCGCUCCAAGGACGAUCAAGCCAAGGACCAAGCAAUAUCAGCGACGACAAAGCAAGCCGCAAAGGCCACCACCAUCGGUACUAGCACUUCAUUGGGCGAUGAUCAGAUAAGAGAAAUCAUUGACAAGGUUAAAUUAGAAAUCCGACAGGAGCAGCAGCAGGAAUACAGACCUCUUAAGGAACAACCGGAAGGAAUACGCGGUGAUGAUAUUGAUAGGGGUAAAAAAAUCAAGGAAGAAACCAAGAUGAAGCUAAAAGAAAUCCAGCGGCGGGUUAUACAUCAGCUGUUGAUCAGAUGGAUGGUUGACAAGAUUACAUAUCAUUUCAUUGUUGACAAGAUUAAAUAUCAUUUCAACGAUGAUGAGACCCUGAUUCUCAUGAAAAAAUUCCACCACCAACCUGUGAUCCAAUGGGAGGAGACCAUUGCUGCCUUGAACCUGGUUGGUUGCAUCGCUGGCGUAAUGGUGAUGACCCGCGCAACGAAUGAAGAGAGGAACUAUCUAUUAGGUAAAAGUUACAGCUAUUGCUAUCCACCACGGGAGUCACAGUCACCUCAGGAGCCUAUAGACUAUUCUGAUGUUGGACAAUACUAUGAUAAGGUGCUCCAGCUUGCCAGCCAGCACAAGGAGGAGGAGGACAACUACAAUCCCCUAAUUUUUCGCGAUAUCUUGGUACAAUGUCAGCCAUAUGAUGAGAAGUUCUGGAUGGAGAUCUUUGCUCAUGCUUUGUACUCUAACCCUAUGAUGAGCAAUGGAGAACUGCGCAAGUUGCACAGCAGCCUGAAGGCUUCACCAAAAUCGUCGGCUAGUGUUGCUAUGCAGAUGUUAAAGUUCGCUUACAACGAUCUACCUAAAGAAUCCAGGUCCUGCUUAUUGUACCUAGCUAUCUUCCCUUCAGAAAUCAAGAUCAGGCGAUCAACCUUGAUAGGACGGUGGGUUGUAGAAGGGCUGAUAACAAAGGAAGACUGGCCUACUUCUGUGCGUGAAGCCAAUAGAUGUUUUGAUAUGCUCAUUGACCAGUACCUUGUUUAUCCUGAUGAUACUGGUUUAACGGGGAAGGCCAAGAGCUGCAGAGUCGGUGUUCAAGUUCAUCAGUUCAUUACCAAGGUCGCCAAGAGUCAACACAUUGUGGAGACACGCCUGUCACAUCACUUGGCUCGUCACUUCUCCAUUUUCAAUGAUCUCCGUCUCCGUGGUUCGGAUACUAUCGACAAUUUCUUUAAGCAACUGAUGAAGUCUGAAAAAUCUCAACUGUCUACGCUCAAGGUGCUAGAUCUCGAUGGUUGCCGCAUCUUCGACAAAAACCCACGCUACCUCAAGGUCGUAUGCAACAAGUUAUUAUUGCUCAAGUACCUGAGCCUAAGGGGAACAGAUAUCACCAAGCUGCCUAAGGAAAUAAACAAGCUCCAUGAGCUUGAGGUAUUGGAUAUCCGGCAGACAAAGUUGCAUGCGUCUGCAACAAAACGCAUCGUGCUUCUUAAGCUGAGGCGUCUUCUUGCUGGUGACAAAGGAACUAUCACCAACAGUAAUGUGGGGGCUGAGGAUUUCUCCAGUGCCUGGAUUCCUGACAAGAUUGGAAAAAUGGAAAACAUGGAGGUACUUUCCAAUGUUAAGGCACGAGAUAAUGGUGAAGAUUUGAAAGACAUUGGGAGCUUAUGGCAGCUGCGGAAGUUUGGUGUGGUUAUCGAAGACAAGGAGACUCAUCUUAAUAGUUUGCUUGAGGUGAUCAGUAACCUGCAGGAGUGCCUUCAAUCUCUAUCAAUUACUCUUCUUCACACAACCAAAAGCGAGCUGCAUGAUCUGCGGGAGUGCCUCCGAUCAGUUGCAUCAUUCAUUAUUGAUCUCGCAGACAAACACAGUGGCAGCGAGAAAAAAUUUGAACCUCCAAAGCAUCUAAAGAGUUUAAGCAUUAGUGGAACCGCACGAACUGAACGACUUCUUCCUUUGUUGGCCAGAGGUGCCAAUCCACCAAAUGCCGAUGUGAAGCUGGAGCAACUCAACAAGGUAACUCUAAAUAACACCUUGUUGAUUGAGGACGACUGGGACGUCCUCGCCAAGCUGAAAAUGUUAGGUUGGCUCAAGCUCCGAGACAUUGGAUGCACCGAUGGUAGCCUAACCUUUAAGAAGAAUGAAUUCCUAAAUCUCAGUUACUUUCAUGUUGAGGGCACUUACAAGCAGAGUGAUAGCUCCAAGCUGACCAAAAUCACCUUUGACGAUGGAGCCUCUCUUAAUCUCAAGAAGAUUGUUAUAUCACAAACCAGCAUAGAGUCUAUUUGUGGAAUGGACAAACUUCCACAACUGAGGGAGUUCAAUGGUGACAUUGAUUCUAAUGGGCUGCAAGAAGUCAUCGAUACACUGAAGAACAAAAGACGUGAUUUUGUUUCCAAACCCUAUAACGCAGGAAGAAAUCAGAGUCAAACAAUGGGGGAGUAAACAGAAACGGACGACGAUGCUGCAAGGUUCCCCCCUUCUGCUGGAAGGCCUGAGGCUGGGCUCGAUCGAGGUGAUUCUCGUUCCAUCCAUUCAUCAUCAGUACCUGCCACGGUUUGUGCUUUUAUGUGGUCGUGGGAUGUAAGACGAUUGUGUGAUUGUGUGUUUCUGUUAGGUGCGCGUGCGCAAGAGUUAAACUCUAUAUGUAUGUGUGUUUGUAUGUAUGUAUGUAUGUAUGUAUGUAUCGACUUUGUGUCGGAGUGCGUGGUUACUUAUUCUGCAUACAUGUGUCGAUGUAUGCCAAACUUAGUGUCAAUAACGGUUUGAUCUGUGCUCACUGCCCGUUGGCCAGCUUUAUGUAUUUGUAUGGUAUGGCUUUCCA